AUGGGUCUUGUGGAGGUUGUCCUGGACCAUGUCUCGGUCAAGUCUGUCGCGUUAUGGAUUGUUGGAUCAUGGAUUGUAUACUCGAUUGUGAAGAGGGUCACUGAAGACAUCAAGAUUCGCAAGCUCGGGGCUCACGCGGCACCAAUGCAAAGCGUGGUUCCUCUGGGUCUCGACAACAUCUUCUUGGCCGUCCGGGCAAGUAUGCAAAACAAGAAUAUGGAAAUGUGGAGGAGACACUUCUCCAACUCAAAGACGUACACUGUCGAGGGCCGCCUCUUGAAUAACCGCACCAUCCUGACAGCCGAUCCUGAGAACAUCAAGGCCAUACUGGCGUCGCAGUUUACAGACUAUGGCAAGGGGGAGCCCUUCCACAAGGAGUGGGAACCUUUUCUGGGCGACAGCAUCUUCGCUACCGAUGGCGAAAAGUGGCACACGAGCCGCCAGAUGCUGCGCCCGCAGUUCGUCAAGGACCGCGUCAGCGACUUGGAGUGCUUCGAGACUCACAUAAAGACCCUGUUCAAGGCGAUGGCCAAUGGCGCAGCCCUCAACGGCGAGGACCAGCACGUCGACCUGUCUGCAAUCAAUGGCAAAAAGUUUGAGAUCAGUGACCUGUUCUUCCGCUACACGCUGGACGUUACUACGGACUUUUUGCUCGGUUACGAUGCCAAGUCACUAUCUACUCCACGUACCGAGUUUGCCGAUGCCUUCAACGAGGUCCAGCGUGUGCAAAGCACCAUCACACGCUCCGGACCCUUGCAGCGUUUGGUUCCCAAGGGAUCAUACUACAGGGGCCUCAAGGUCAUGGACGACUUCAUCAAUCCCUUUAUCGACCGCGCCCUCCGCCUCUCCCCGGAGGAGCUGGCCUCCAAGACCAAGUCGGACCAUGGCUACACGUUUCUCCACGAGCUGGCCUCGUUCACGCGGGACCGCAAGGUGCUGCGCGACCAGAUCGUCGCCGUCCUCCUGGCGGGACGUGACACUACCGCCUCGACGCUGUCCUGGGCCAUAUACGAGCUCGGACGCCACCCGGAGUGCGUCAAGCGCCUCCGCCAGGAGAUCGCCGAGGUGGUGGGCUUCAGCCGGACGCCGACCUACGCGGAUCUCAAGUCGAUGAAGUACCUCCAGAACGUCAUGAACGAGACGCUGCGCCUCUACCCGGCGGUGCCCUUCAACGUCCGGCUGGCGCUGCACGACACCACGCUGCCCCGCGGCGGCGGGCCCGACGGCACGCUCCCGGUCCCCGUGCUCAAGAACACCCCCAUCGGCUACUCGACGCUCGUGAUGCAGCGCCGCAGGGACCUGUACCCGCCCGCCUCGGAGAACCUUGCUGAUCCGGACGUCUUCAGCCCCGAGCGCUGGUUCCACUGGCAGCCCCGGCCCUGGCAGUACGUGCCCUUCAACGGCGGGCCCCGCAUCUGCAUCGGCCAGCAGUUCGCCCUGACCGAGAUGGGCUACGUGCUCGUGCGCAUAUUCCAGCGCUACGAGCGCGUCGUCAACUACAUGGCCGAGGUCGACGGCGGCCACCCGACCCUCAAGGCAGACAUCGUCAUGCAGCCGGGCGACGGCGUCACCGUGGCGUUUUGGGAGGCGGAUAAUGAAAAGAUUUAG